UGCAGUUGGGCGGGGAUUUCCAGUAAUACGGGUAGGAAAAAAAACCUUACCCAAGCAGACCUCGGAACAGGGAAGAUUACUAUAGUUUACUUUCUCCAAAUAGAUAUUAUCCAGCGAGACAGGCGGUUUCCUGUCUCUAACCAUCGACUGUAGCUAUUUGUUAGGAUGGCAGUGGAGUCAAUAUCUCCCGACUGGGAAUUUGAUCGCUUUGAUGACGGAUCUCAGAAAAUUCACACAGAAGUGCAGCUGAAAAACUAUAACAAGUUCUUGGAGGACUACACAUCUCAACUGAAAGCUAUAGAGGAAGCCCUGGACGACUCCAUCGGAGAUGUUUGGGAUUUCACGUUAGAUCCGAUAGCGUUGAAGCUCCUCCCUUAUGAACAGUCUUCCCUUUUGGAGCUAAUUAAAACUGAAAAUAAGGUCCUUAAUAAAGUCAUUACAGUCUAUGCGGCUCUCUGCAGUGAAGUUAAGAAGCUGAAAUAUGAGGCUGAAACCAAGUUCUACAACGGCUUGUUGUAUUAUGGUGAAGGAGUUUCAGACGCCAGUGUGGUGGAGGGAGAGUGUCAGGUUCAAAUGGGACGCUUCAUCUCAUUUUUACAGGAACUAUCUUGUUUUGUAUCUCGGUGCUUUGAGGUUGUGGUUAACUUGGUUCAUCAGCUGGCUGCACUCUACAACAACAACAAAGCUGCCACAAAAAUCAUUGAGUCAAGUGGAGUUCAUUUUCAGACGGUGUAUGAGCAUCUAGGUGAACUCCUGGUGGUUCUGAUUACUUUGGAUGAGAUUAUGGAGAAUCAUGGCACUUUAAGAGAUCACUGGAAGAUGUACAAAAGAUUACUCAAAUCAGUCCACCACAACCCGUCAAAAUUUGCUAUUCCUGAAGAGAAGCUGAAGCCUUUCGAGAAGCUUUUAUUGAAGCUGGAGGGCCAGCUUUUGGACAGCAUGAUCUUUCAGGCUUGCGUAGAGCAGAGAUUUGAUAAUCCUGGGGAAGGUGUUUCAGUCUCUAAAAACAGUGCCUUUGCUGAGGAGUUUGCUCACAACAUUCGCACUAUCUUUGCCAAUGUGGAGUCAAAACUUGGGGAGCCUGCAGAAAUUGACCAAAGGGAUAAAUAUGUCGGGGUCUGUGGCCUCUUCGCCCUGCAUUUUCACAUUUUUCGUACAGUCGACAAGAGGCUCUACAAAGCUCUUUUGGAUGUGUGUAAAAAGGUUCCUGCAGUUACACUGACUGGCAAUGUAAUCUGGUUUCCUGAUACAUUUUUGAUCAAUAAAAUCCCAGCAGCAGCCAAACUAAUGGAUAAGAAAAGUCUCCAGGCCAUUCGUAUCAGCAGAGAUACAUUCUUACAACAAAAGGCACAGACACUAACAAAGGAUGUGCAGUCUUACUACGUUUUUGUAACCUCCUGGAUGAUGAAGAUGGAGGCCAUUUUAUCAAAAGACCAGAAAACUGAGAAACUCUCAGAAGAUCUGAGCAACAGGUGCAAUGUAUUUGUACAGGGAGUCCUAUAUGCAUACAGCAUUAGCACCAUCAUAAAAACCACCAUGAACCUCUACAUGUCCAUGCAGCGACCCAUGACCAAGACAUCUGUGAAGGCCCUGUGCCGUCUAGUAGAGCUACUGAAAGCAGUAGAGCACACAUUCCACCGGCGAUCCCUUGUGGUAGCAGACUCCGUGUCCCAUAUCACUCAGCAUCUGCAGUCACAAGCUCUGGCCUCUAUUUCUACAGCUAAGAAACGAGUGAUCUCUGAUAAGAAGUACAGUGAGCAGAGGCUGGAUGUGCUGUCGUCCCUGGUGCUCGCCGAGAACACGCUGAAUGGCCCGAGUACCAGGGAGAGAAGACUGGUAGUGUCUCUAGCACUCAGUGUGGGCACUCAGAUGAAAACAUUCAAGGAUGAGGAGCUUCUGCCAUUACAACUUGUCCUAAAGAAACUGGACCUCAUUAGUGAAUUAAGAGAGAGGGUCAAAGUGCAGUGUGAUUGCAGCUUUCUCUACUGGCACCGUGCAGUGUUUCCCAUUUACCUGGAUGAUGUUUAUGAUAAUGCUGUGGAUGCAGCUAGAAUACAUUACAUGUUUAGUGCUCUCAGAGAUUGUGUGCCCACCAUGCUGUAUGCCAAACACACGGAGUCCUGCGAGCAACUACUGGAGUGCUAUGACAAGGAGAUCAUGGAGGUCUUCGGUGAGCAUUUGUUGGACAAGCUGUGCAAGGAGAUAGAGAAAGACCUGCGGCUUUCUGUGCACACACAUCUCAAGCUGGACGACCGUAACCCUUUCAAAGUAGGCAUGAAAGACCUGGCUCACUUCUUUUCCCUCAAGCCUAUCCGCUUCUUCAAUCGCUUCAUAGACAUCAAAGCCUACGUCACACACUACCUGGACAAAACAUUUUACAACCUGACAACAGUGGCACUCCAUGACUGGGCCACAUACAGUGAGAUGAGGAACCUGGCCACGCAGCGCUAUGGUCUGGUCAUGACCGAGGCUCAUCUCCCCAGCCAGACUCUGGAACAGGGGCUGGAUGUCUUGGAGAUUAUGAGGAAUAUCCAUGUAUUUGUCUCACGUUAUCUCUACAAUCUGAACAACCAGAUCUUCAUUGAGAAGACCAGCAACAACAAGCACUUGAACACUAUCAAUAUUCGGCACAUUGCGAACUCCAUACGCACCCAUGGGACUGGUAUCAUGAACACAACUGUUAACUUUACUUAUCAGUUCCUGCGCAAGAAAUUCUACAUUUUCAGUCAGUUCAUGUACGAUGAGCACAUCAAAUCCAGGCUUAUCAAAGACAUCCGGUUCUUCAGAGAAACUAAAGACCAGUCCGAUCAAAAGUACCCCUUUGAGAGGGCAGAAAAGUUCAACCGUGGUAUUAGGAAAUUGGGCAUCACUCCAGAUGGCCAGAGUUACCUGGACCAGUUCAGACAACUCAUCAGCCAGAUUGGUAACGCAAUGGGGUAUGUACGGAUGAUCCGCUCUGGGGGUCUUCACUGCUGCAGCAGCGCCAUCAGGUUUGUUCCUGAUCUUGAGGAUAUUGUAAACUUUGAGGAGUUGGUGAAGGAGGAGGGCCUCACUGAGGAGACUCAGAAAGCAGCCAGUGUUCUAGACUGUGUACUCGGUGACCUGACCAGUAACUCAGCUGAGGGAACCGAGUAUUUCAAAAUGCUCGUGGGAGUUUUUGCCCCGGAGUUCCGCAGCGUGAAGAAUAUGCACUUGAGGAACUUCUACAUGAUCGUUCCUCCUUUGGCAGUAAACUUUGUGGAACACUCCAUCAGCUGUAAGGAGAAGCUGAACAAAAAGAAUAAAAGUGGUGCAGCAUUUACAGAUGAUGGUUUUGCCAUGGGUGUCGCCUAUAUCUUGAAGCUGUUGGACCAAUAUCAGGAGUUUGACUCAUUGCACUGGUUCCAGGCAGUUCGUGAGAAAUACAAGAAGGAGAUGGUGAAAGAACAGAACAUCCAGGCCACCAACCAAGAUGAGAAACUCAUGCAGACCAUGAACUUAACUCAGAAGAGACUAGACAUCUACCUGCAGGAGUUCGAGCUACUUUACUUCUCUCUGAGCAGUGCACGGAUAUUCUUCAGGGCUGAUAAGACUGCAGCAGAGGAAACUCAGGAGAAGAAGGAUAGGGAGGAUGUUGCUAAAGUUGAUGAUGCUUCAUCUGAGACUGCUGCCGCCCCUGAGCCGGGUGCCAAGUGAAACUAAAAACACACGUCCCACUUCAAGUCUUUAAGGUCAUUUUAAGAAGUGGAAACAACCAGCUUAUCCAGAAUUUGUAUAGACUGCCAUGUUUUGGAUUGUAAUUCAGUAUUGCACGGCAAGAUACAAGAGAAAUGGCCUCGGUCACGGAUCAUGAACUAGGAACAUACAGUGUGAAUAUUGUGGAAUAUUUAUUCCUUCUAAUGCACUUAGGCCUGGAACUGACUGUGAUCUGCUUUUAGAAAAAAAAUCAAGCUCAUGUCACCAUUAUUUUCUGCAUUGCUAUACAGAUUUUGUCAGGUAACUGGCAGGUGAGCAAGUUUGGCUGCUGUAAUUAUUUGGUCAAUGAGACCUUUUUUUAGAAAGAAAUAUUUUAAUAAGGCAAUACUAAAGUAAUGUUUGAUUUUUAAAUACAAAUCAUCUUUGACCGUUUCCCUUUUCUAAUUUGAUAAUGUGUAAAGUGGAGGUGCUUAAAUAACAGGUUCUACAUUUUUGACCCA